AGACGGGGUGUGUAGGUAAGAGCCAUGCACGGCCAGCUGGAUUGAGUCCAACAAGGUCACGGGGGCUGGUAUUCAGCAAAGCAGGCAUAUAAAUUUAGCUUCAUGAAAAGCCAUGGAUUAUGUCUCUGGACUCUCAGCUUUCGUCUUCAGAGGAGUGGUUGUGAUAGCCACCCCUCAGGUGUCAAGAGGUGGGAGAUAUUUCAGUGACACUGCACUCACUCACGCACACCGUCCUUCUCUGUCGCUUCUGCUCUCCGGCUGCACUGCACUCAACGGAGAGCUGGAUUUGGGAUUUAUUAUUAAGAACUGAGGCUUGAGGACUUAGGAGAGAUGUGUGGGGUGUGAGAAAGACCUUUGAACUACGGACUAAACACAGUGUGCAAUAAGUCGGAAGAAGUAUCAUGGAUGCAUUGGCUUUAGAGGCAAAAGGGGCUAAGAGUGAAAGCGCAGGAGCUUCGGCACCCCCCAAACCAAGACCAAAACCCCCCCAGAAAGCAAAACGAAUUGUUUACUUUGAGGUGGAGAUACAAGACGUCAAAACCCGGGAAAAACUACUGCUUCUGGAUAAGGUAGAGCCAACAGCCACUAUUUUGGACAUUAAGUCUUUGUUCCACAAAUCACAUCCGCACUGGUAUCCUGCCAGACAGUCUUUAUGCCUUGACCCAAAAGGAAAACCCUUAAGAGAUGAGGAUAUCCUUCAGGAGCUUCCUGUGGGAACCACUACAACCUUCUACUUCAGAGACUUGGGCGCCCAGAUUGCUUGGGGAACUGUGUUCCUUAUGGAGUGCAUUGGACCACUUGUCAUAUAUCUGCUGUUUUAUUUUCGACUGCCUUUAAUCUACGCUCCCAAGUACGAGUUCACCGCCAGUAGGCAUUUGGUUGUGCAUAUUGCCUGUGUGUGUCAUUCCUUCCACUAUGGGAAGCGAAUCUUGGAGACGUUGUUCGUCCAUCGCUUCUCCCACGGCACCAUGCCAUUUCGCAACAUUUUUAAAAACUGUUCCUAUUACUGGUGCUCUGCUGCAUGGAUGGCUUAUUACAUCAAUCACCCUCUCUACACACCGCCAUAUUAUGGGGAGACGCAGGUGAAGGCAGCUUUGGGAAUCUUCCUAUUCUGUCAACUUGGCAGCUUCUCGAUUCACAUGGCUCUGCGCAAUCUCAAACUAUCUGGCUGCAAGGUGAAGAAGAUUCCUUAUCCAACCAAAAAUCCUUUUACAUGGAUAUUUGCACUUGUUUCGUGCCCAAACUACACAUACGAGCUGGGGUCUUGGCUGGGCUUCACACUCAUGACCCAGUGUGUCCCGGUCUUGUUCUUCACUGUGGUGGGAUUCGUACAGAUGACGGUUUGGGCCAAAGGAAAGCAUCGCAGCUACCUGAAGGAGUUCAAACAUUAUCCCACACUGCGCUCCCCAAUCCUGCCCUUCAUCCUAUAGCAGGAAAAUACAACACUACAAAUAAGAUAUACAGAGGAUUGUUUUUAAAUCAGCUUACAAGUCAGAGAUUUGCUAGCUUAUAUAUAUAUAUAUAUAUAUAUAUAUAUAUAUAUAUAUAUAUAUAUAUAUAUAUAUAUAUACACACAUAAUGAAAUAAAUAGUACUAUGAGAUAUUUGUAAUAUUGUAUUUGUCAAGUAAAGCCAUUAUAUUUAAAUUACAAAUGUAAAAUAUAGAGUAUAAUGUCUUAUUUAUAUACAUGAAUGUAGAAUAUUGUGCAAAAUUAUGGAAAUAAAAAGAUAUUGAAUUAGCAGACAUAGUACCACUAUCUAGAAAUAAAAAGUGACUUUUU